GCAGCUACUCCGGAUAUCUUGGCAAAUGUGCCUGUCAGCGAGAAUCCUCGUCCACUGCACGUUAUGGCCGAUCAUGCAGACUACUGGGUCGAUGCAGAGGGUGAAGUCUUCACAUUUACAUUUCCCGCGACACUGGACCUCGACGGUCAACAUAAUCGGACAGGACCAUACUUCAAUCUU